CGGCUUAGGCCCCGGGGGACCAGAACGAGGCUGCGCAGUCUACUAGCACGUGACCAGCGCUCUCGCCCUACGUAACGCCCACUCCCCGCACGAGCCCCUCCCCAUAUGGGAGUUCCUCCGGGAGGACCAAUCUUCCGGGUAAAGGGGAGGCGGCGUGACUGGAGUGGAAAAUUUUUUCCAACACAACUUCGCAGCGGCAACUGGUUGAAAGGAGCACAAGAAAGCCAGAGUACAAACUAGGAUGACUGAACGAAACUUCUCUUUCUCCUGAUUUUUUCUCCACUCGACUUAACACGAGACCCAGUUGCCUGUUCCACCCCUUCGUUUUGGUACGGCCCGUGGAGUACGGAGCCUGCAGAGGGUCCCACGCUGGAAGAGAGAGAGAGGAGGAAUCCUAACAUUUCAGAGUCGGAAGAGACAUUAGAGGUCACCAAAAGCAGCCGUCCCCUCUGCAAGCCUCUCUGACAAGUGUGCUUUUCAGGUUCAUACUUAAGGAUUCAUAGCUUUCUUCUGAAGAACUGAAAGUCCAUUCAUGUGAAUUAUUUGUUUUAUCAUACAUUCUUCCUGUGUGAAGAAUUGCACAUUUGCUGUUGAAAAAAAAAAUGAAAAAUAUAGAAAAGUAAAACUAUUCUCCCAUCGCAUUCUCACUCUAUUAAAGAGUUUAGCUAUUCCUUUUAGGAUCUUUCUGAAUACAUAUAUAAACAAUGUAGAUAUACCAAUCUGUUUAUAUACCAGCAUGUAUUCUUUUUUUUCACUCAGUAUUUUAGUGUUUACUAAUUGUUAUACUACUGAUGGUUAGAUUGGUUCCAUUUUUUUCACCAUUACAUUAUACUUAAAUAUCUUUCCACAUAGAUUCUUGUGUCCCAUUUUUAUCUCUGAAGGACAGAUUCCUAGAAGUGGAGUUACCUGGUCAAAAGACAUACUCAUUUUUUUUUGAGUUUUCAUAAGUUAUUUCAAAUUGCCUUCCAAAAAGAUGGCAUAAGUUUGCCUUCCUACAUAAGCUUGCCAAUGCCAAAUAUCAAUCUCAAUUUUAAUAAGUCUAAUGAAUUUUAUAAAGAUAGUUUAUACUUUUUAAAAAUAACUCAUUUUUUAAAACACACGUACUUGAUAGUACAACGUUAAGCAAUGAUAAAAGUACCGCCAAAAAAGUACCCCUUGUAGCAAUCCUUUUCUCUUCCAAUUCAGCUCUCAUGAGACUACUUUUAAUUCUUUUAGCUUUUUUUUACCUAAUAUCUAUCUAAAUAUUAGGCUUAUAUUACUGAAUGCAUGAAUUUUAGAUGUUAUCUUUUCACUUCCUUUGUGAUGGAUGAGGGCUUACCAUACAUAUAUGCCCAAAUAUUAGAUGAGGUUUCCCCACCUGCAAUAAUGCCAUUACAUUAUAUUCAAGGUCCUAGUCACCUAACACGAUUUUUCAGUUUUAUUUUGAAGAGCAAAGUGUUCAAAAAGGUACAUUACCUAAAACCAUAAUUAAGAAGAAAGAGAAAGGAGGUUAAAAUUGAACAUAAAUUUAAGAUUGUUUCCUUGAUUCAUAUUGCUAGUGUUUAUUUUAGCUAUAUGACCCUGGGCAAGUCAUUUAUUUAGCCUGUUUGAGCCUCUGCUUGCUCAUCUUUAAGAUGAGAGAGAUGAUAUUAACAAGGAUUAAAUAAAACACUACACAUUAAGUGUUUAGACUGUGCCUAACACAUACCAAGUGUCCUAUAAAUAUUAGUUGUACUAAUAAUUAUUAAUGAGUAUUAAUAAUCAUGAGACCAAAUCACUAGCAAAAAAAAAAGAUUAUUAUGGAAUUUGCAAAUAAACUAUAGGGGAAAAUGUGUUUCUGAACCAGGUUAGAUGAAAAUGAUGACUUACUCUAGAAUACCAUUACAUGAUACAAAAAGUGAAUCUAAUGAUGACAGGUUAAGUGUUUCAGAAAAUGGCGAAAGCAGUAGUCCUAAGAUAAUAUAUUCAAAUAUACUACUUAAAUAUGUAUGUAUAGACUUCUAGGUGUGGCCCGAUCUAGUUUUCCCAGUCACAUUCCUAUAAAGUUAUAAAACCAACACAGAGUACGUAUAAAUCACACACCACUUAUGUCUUCAGCAUUAUAAAAAACAGAUUAGCACAGCCUUCAAAUUACCUAUAAGUAGAGAAGUAAAUCAGAUUCCAAGAGCUCCUUCUGCCCAUUCUUGUGGCUGUGAAGAGUGGGAGAAGGAAGGCUGCUUAACGGGUUCACUGAAGAGAGUUUGUGCGUGGAAGACUUACAUGAAGCAUGAAAUAUCACUUACAAAAGAAAUCCAACACUAAGUUCCAAAAUACUGAACACAGGUUUGAAACUUGAUAUAGUUCCCAGCUCUAACCACAAAGAAGAGCUUGAAAGUAAAGAAUACCACAGUUGGUAGCCUUAAAUUAUAAACAGUGCUUUGUAGGGAAGAGGUGAAGCCAGAGACUUGGAGAAAUGGCAAUAAAGAAAAAGAAGAAGAAAAAAGUCAAUAAUGCUUCAGGAAAAGAGAAAGUAAACUUAAGAGUGUCCUUGACCUAGGAACUCUGACCAUGAAAUGAACGGAAUAGAAAAGAAUGGACUCAUCCAUAUAGAACUAAUAUAAGAAAAAACAGGUAGUGUGAAUCAGGCCAUUUCAACUGAUGGAGGAAAAAAACACCUUGAAUCAAAUAUAAAAGAACAGAAAGGAACAGAAACAGGCAGAAAUGAAGUCAGAGUAGAUUAAACUCAGAAAAGUGAAGAAAACAAAAUCAUACCAGAAAUUAAGACUAUAAGAUUCCCCCUUAGACAAUAGAUUCAAAUGUGAAUAUAAUAAAAGACAUUGAAGAAAAACAGAGAAACAAGAGAAUGAAAAUGAGAUUUGUUUUUUUAACUUGACUUUAAAUGGAAGAUGGGUCUAAAAUUCUAAUGUGUAAUAAUUUUUCUCUCAAGAGGAAAAAAAAUAAAGCUCUAAUAUUUAGUGCUGUCAUCCAAGAAAACUUUCUAGAAAUAAAAGAUCUGAAUCAGUAUACUGAAAGUUCAUGCCUGAAGAAAUAUAUAUAGAAAAAUUCCCGGGGCCCCCAGGCAAAAAGAUAAAGUGACUUACAAGGGCCAGAGAAUUUAAACUGCUACCAGAUUUCUCAAAAGCAACAUACAAAGCAAGACAACAGUGGAGCAGCAAGAGGUAAAAAUGCUAACCAAUGAUUUUAUAUUCAGUCAAUUGUCCCUCAAGUGUCAAGACUUUUGAACAUACCAAGAACUCGAGGAAUACUAUACUCAUUAGCCCUUCCUAAGGAAACUAUUAAAGGCUGAGCUUCAUCUGGAAGAAAUGUUUGGGAAAUUUUCUUCAAAAAGACUGACAAUAGAACAUUCUUCACAAUCCGAAAGGAUAAGAAGAGACUCAUUCGGGAUGUUUGACGGUUAUGAUAGCUGCAGUGAGGACACAAGUAGCAGCUCCAGCUCUGAGGAGAGUGAAGAAGAAGUUGCUCCUUUACCCUCUAAUCUCCCAAUUAUCAAAAAUAAUGGACAGGUCUACACAUACCCAGAUGGUAAAUCUGGCAUGGCUACCUGCGAAAUGUGUGGGAUGGUUGGUGUGCGAGAUGCUUUUUACUCUAAAACCAAACGUUUCUGCAGCGUUUCAUGUUCAAGAAGUUAUUCGUCAAACUCCAAGAAGGCAAGCAUUUUGGCCAGACUUCAGGUAACGGGUAAGCCUCCAACAAAGAAAGCAAAAGUUCUUCAGAAACAACCUUUAGUUGCUAAACUAGCUGCAUACGCCCAGUAUCAAGCUACCUUGCAAAAUCAAGCAAAGACUAAAGCAGCAGCAGUCUCCAUGGAAGGUUUCAGCUGGGGUAACUACAUCAAUAGCAAUAGCUUUAUAGCAGCUCCAGUUACCUGCUUUAAACAUGCACCUAUGGGGACCUGCUGGGGUGAUAUCUCAGAAAAUGUGAGAGUAGAAGUUCCCAAUACGGACUGCAGCCUACCUACCAAAGUCUUCUGGAUUGCUGGAAUUGUAAAAUUAGCAGGUUACAAUGCCCUUUUACGAUAUGAAGGAUUUGAAAAUGACUCUGGUCUGGACUUCUGGUGCAAUAUAUGUGGUUCUGAUAUCCAUCCAGUUGGUUGGUGUGCAGCCAGUGGAAAACCUCUUGUCCCUCCUAGAACUAUUCAGCAUAAGUAUACAAACUGGAAAGCUUUUCUAGUGAAACGACUUACUGGUGCCAAAACACUUCCUCCUGAUUUCUCACAAAAGGUUUCAGAAAGUAUGCAGUAUCCUUUCAAACCUUGCAUGAGAGUAGAAGUGGUUGACAAGAGGCAUUUGUGUCGAACACGAGUGGCAGUGGUGGAAAGUGUAAUUGGAGGAAGAUUAAGACUAGUAUAUGAAGACAGUGAAGAUAGAACAGAUGACUUCUGGUGCCAUAUGCACAGCCCAUUAAUCCAUCAUAUUGGUUGGUCUCGAAGCAUAGGCCAUCGAUUCAAAAGAUCUGAUAUUACAAAGAAACAGGAUGGACAUUUUGAUACACCACCACAUUUAUUUGCUAAGGUAAAAGAAGUAGACCAGAGUGGGGAAUGGUUCAAGGAAGGAAUGAAAUUGGAAGCUAUAGACCCAUUAAAUCUUUCCACAAUAUGUGUCGCAACUAUUAGAAAGGUGCUGGCUGACGGAUUCCUGAUGAUUGGGAUCGAUGGCUCAGAAGCAGCAGAUGGAUCUGACUGGUUCUGUUAUCAUGCAACCUCCCCUUCUAUUUUCCCUGUUGGUUUCUGUGAAAUUAACAUGAUUGAACUUACUCCACCUAGAGGUUACACAAAACUUCCUUUUAAAUGGUUUGACUACCUCAGGGAAACUGGCUCCAUUGCAGCACCAGUAAAACUAUUUAAUAAGGAUGUUCCAAAUCACGGAUUUCGUGUAGGAAUGAAAUUAGAAGCAGUAGAUCUCAUGGAGCCACGUUUAAUAUGUGUAGCCACAGUAACGCGAAUUAUUCAUCGUCUCUUGAGGAUACAUUUUGAUGGAUGGGAAGAAGAAUAUGAUCAGUGGGUAGACUGUGAGUCCCCUGACCUCUAUCCUGUAGGGUGGUGUCAAUUAACUGGAUAUCAGCUACAGCCUCCAGCAUCACAGUCAUCAAGAGAAAGCCAGUCAGGUUCAUCAAAACAGAAGAAAAAAGCUAAGUCCCAGCAAUACAAAGGACAUAAGAAAAAGAGGAAGAUGCCAGUGGGGAAGAAGCCUGUCAGUUUGUCGAGCCUGCCCCUGACAGGUGGGGUGCGGAGGAGCUUCUCUGGUGAUGAAGAGUUAACUCCUCCUCCAUAUCGAACUCUUCCAGCACAGACAGCCCUGGAGGCCUUCCCACCUCCCAGCACUAGCCAAGAGUUCAGUCCCAGCCUCAAAACAGUGACUACAUUGCAGCUGAAGGAAGAAUUAAUAGAUGGAGAGGAUUAUAAUUUCCUCCAAGGAGCAUCUGAUCAGGAAAGCAAUGGCUCUGCCAACUUCUACAUUAAACAAGAGCCCUGAGGUGGCUCAGAACUGAGGGUGGGAGGGGAAGACUUUUACACAGGACUGAUUUGUAAUCAAUCCAGCUGUACAGCGGGGCUAUUGUACUGGGACAUUUUGCUAAACAUAGAAAAUUUCAGUUCCAGAUUUUUCAGGUGGGUGGGGAAACUAUUUUAGUCGUGGGGGGAAAUUUUUCAAUUUAUAAAGAUGGACAAUUUUUGUGUUGUAUUUGAAGCUUUUGAAAGAAUUUUGUAAUAUUUUCCACGUUUGGAUUUAUGUGCAUUGUUAACAAGAACUGAAAUUCUAACUUUUUUGGUAAGAUUUAAAGUUUAGGUAGCAGGAUUGAAGGAAAUGAUUUAAGGAGGAUAUAGUUGUAAAUGCAAGUGAACUGUCAUUACAAAUGAACCUUUUUGGUACUUGUUGGGAGAUUUUGGGAUUUUAGAAGUUAGACCAGUCACAUCUCCAGCUUCCUUUGCUGCAGAAAUAUGCAACUUAACCCCCUCGUGGAGGAGGGUUCAUCACCACAUAGAUCAUGGAAGGGGGAAUCAAUUCUGCUUGUUGGCAUUUUAUUGCAGCCCAUUUUAAAUGUUUGUACAGAAAUGUUUUUCAUUCUGUGAAAAUUUAUUUAGAGUUCUAUAUGAAACUGGAAGAACUCUCGAUACUUUUAUAUGUUCUCCUUUAAUUAAAAAAUGAUUUAAAUUAUCCUAACACUAAAGUGUUAAACUGGAAUGGUUGACAAGAUAUACAAGAUGUCAGUCUACAUGUUGAGGGGUUGGGGAAAAUGCAAUAUUGUCUUAAGUUUAUUUCAUUUUUCUUAACUAAAAAAUACCCCCCAAAAGGGAUUCUGAUCAGUUCUCUGCCACUUUCCUCCGUCUGUGAGAUAAUACUUGGUAUAACCACACCCCAAAACAGAUGUUCUGAAUUACCAGAUUCAAAGUUGUUUAAAGCCAAAAUAAGUUUAGAUUUCAAAAUCAUUCCAGCUCUGCUUUUAACUAUCCUGGAUUUGUUAGAAAACUAAUUUGAAAGAGAAUUUAAUUUUCUUAAAAUUCCAUAUAUAUAGUAUGAAUUGUCUUUAUUUGUAUUCAGAAUUAAUUUUAACAAUAAUAACUGAUUUGGACCAUUGUGAACAUUCCCUAUUUUAAAAUUCAAAUGGCUUCCUUUCAAAAAAAGGAUCUAAGAGUAAAUUGGUGAAAGGUUUGCUCUCUGCAUUUUCUAACUUUCUGAGUUGUGACUGAAUGAGAGAGCUCUAGCGUUUACCAGUGAGGUUCAUAAACUAAACUCUCAGGAAUUAUUGCAUCUGUUCUAGAAGUGCUUCUGGGUCUUAGCCUGGCCUCUUCAGAGUGGUAAUAUUGACCAUCUCCUCUGGAAUAUAGGUAGGGCUAAUUAGAAAUUAAUCAAAAUGAUUAAAAUCUACAGUCCUUCAGCCUAUGAAAUGCUUUAAAAAAUGUUAAUGGAAAGCCCCAGGAGACCAUUAUAGGUAAGAUUUUUGUUUGAAUUUUAAAAUGCAUAGAACGUUAAAAACCAGCAAUUUAUUUUCUAAAAUAUUGCUCUACUUUUGGGAAUAAUAGCAUUGGUAAUACGCACAGGUUUACCUCAUUCUAUGCAAGAGGGGUUAAUAACAUAAGAUUUUGUAGUUGCUACUGGAAGUAAAAUUUGUUACUUUAUAGUCUAAGAAUGUGUGGAAUCGCAUGUCAACAUUUCUUAAUACUAUUUAGGGGCAUAAAUGCAGAUCAUAUCAACGCCAAGUUGAUUCUCAUGUGUCAAAUAUAUGUGAAUUCAGCUGUUAAAUUACUGGAUAUUUAUCUUAAACGACAUUACUGAGAGGGACCUACUGUAAAUGUGACAUCCUCACACUUCGCAAGUCUUUAACUUUUAAGGAUCUUCCCAUAAACUUAAAGCCUAGAAUACUUCCAAAGCAAGAGUUACAACAAUCUUUAUCCUCAGGCUUAGUGAAUUAAACCCAGGACUCCGAUUCUAUGAUGUGGGCGCAAGAAGCCAAUCAUACAGCAUGCUCUACCAGUACCUGGGGUUUAGGGGCUCUAUGGGGAACUGAAUAAGUCAGAAGGGAUUUGAUUUAGAGCCUGGUAAUUAGUUCUGUGAAAUGCUCAUUUGCAGCCAGGUUUUAAUAAGCUUCCAGUUCUAGAGCAAAACCAGGUUCUGAGCACUUUUGAAUUUCCCACCUAUUCAUGAAGUGUUUCUUGUCUUGAUCCCAUGACCAACAGUUAAAGGUUGGUAAGGACUUCCUACAGUCUAAACACAUUCUGAAGCCCUCUUCAUAGUUCAGACUCGCACUCCUACUGCCAAUGAACAGAAAAUAAGUUAACGCAGAGGAGAUUGAUAUAUUAGCCAUAACUCCAAUUGUACAACACAAUAGCCCCAUUAUCUUUACGGUUCAAAAUGUACUGCUGACCUUGGGUUUGUACUUUUUUUUGUUUUGUUUUGGUUUCUUUUCUUUUUUUUUUUUUUUGCCUGUUAGGAUUAUUUGGGGAUUUUGGUAGUUAAAGUCUUUAACCCUUUCCUUGCUGUGUAUGAGGAAAGCUAAAGCUGUUAUCAACUUAUUCUACGGAUACUAACACGGGUUUUCAGUGUUUGUUUGUUUUUAUUAUUAUUAAUUUUGCGUGAUGUGAAUACCCUCUCCCAUCAAUAUUUGUAUUAUGGUGCUAUAUAUUUGGUAAUGAUCCUUUACUAUUGGGAAGGGAUUUUAAAAAUACUGUGAUUAAACUGGGUUUCUUUCUUUGAUUUUCAUAUUUUAAAUAAAGCCACAGUCAUUUAUACAAAAGAAAAGCAUCUGUCCCUGGGCAAAUCUUUUGAGGACAGAGGACAAAGUAAACUGUAUAAGGUUUUUACAUCAUUUCUGUAUGUAUUUGAUAUAUAGACCAAUAUCUGUACAAAUUUAAUCUUUUAUUUUCUUGGUAACUUGUGAUCAUUGAGAAAGUAUGUGAAACUUUCUCAGGAAGUGUAUAUAAUGGCGUGAAAAAUUCGUUCAGAGAAAUUUAUGUUCCUUUCAUUUUUACCAAAUUGCAAAUUUUCAGCAUGGAUGUGAAAAGCAUUAAAAUUAUAACUUUGUGUACAAGAUUAAAAUAAUUCACUAAAUUUGCCCUUUUUUUACACAAAAUAAAAUGUUAAAGUU